AUGAACUACCUGUGGCGAAGGAUCGGCAACAGGAAGAGCAACAGCGGUCAGUCGUCGUCCGACAAAAAUGCAACCCAAAACGAGCCGCAGGAGCCCGAGCCGGUAAGGAACAAGCUGGUGUUGUUGGGGAACCCGGCAAAGAGGUUCGAUUGGAAGGAUGUCAAGAGGGCCAAUUGGGAGCUGCUGGGGGAAGGGACGGUCAUGACGUCUUACAAGGUUGACCUGGAGGACGGGAGCACCACGGUGGUCGUGAAGAGGCUCAAGGACGUGGUCUUGUCGGCCGAGGAUUUCCAGGACAAGGUCGAAGCUUUGGGAGCGAUGGAUCACGAGAACCUGCUCCCUCUGAGGGGUUACUUGUACAGCAAAGACCAGAAGUUGAUCUUGUACGAUUACAUGCCCCUGGGAAGCUUGUGGGACCAAUUGCAUGGAUGCAGAGAAUCGGGAGGGACUCCCCUGAGAUGGGAAGUCAGGCUAUCGAUUGCCCUCGGAGCUGCCCGGGCCAUCGAAUACCUGCACGCCCGGGAUAUCCAUCACGGGAACAUCAAGUCGUACAACGUCCUCCUCACGCCGUCCUUCGAGGCCCGGGUCUCCGAUUGGAGCCUGCCCCACCUCACAAGUCCUGACCCGGAGGCCAGGGCCGACCCGUCGAAGGCGGAUGUGUAUGGCUUCGGGGUCUUGCUUCUCGAGCUCCUCAGUGGGCGGCUGUCCACCUCGAAGCACCGCAAUGAGGUAGGUCAAGUUGUAGAUCUUCCUGGGUGGGUCGACGACAUGGUUCUCCAGAUGGGGAUUGUUGGAGUUUUGGAUGCGAAUCUCGUAAGGCGCUACGACGAUGUGGAGACGGGGAUGGUUGCGCUGUUCCAGGUGGCGAUCAGUUGUGUAUCCCCUAAUUCGGGCCACCGUCCUCGGAUGUCUGAGGUACGUAGGAAGAUCGAGGAGCUGUGUAGCCCUGGGGGACAGCAAGAUGGGGACUCACAGCCCGACGAGGUCAGCCACGGGACCAAGGAUACAUCUUCUUCGCUUAUUCCUAGUGCACAGGUAGACAAGGAGUCGCAGCUCGACCAGUUCAGCGAACUGAACACUGAUAUGUAUACUCGGAAACCACCAGAUGGGCUUCUAGAAGUUUCUGAAAGAGUUUACGUGUUUGAAUACUGUCUUACCAUGGAUUGGUCCUUUUUCGACCAAAUUUCCACGGACUGGUUGAAGGAUGACGAAUAUGAGUUUCACAUGAGAGACAUAGUUGCAAAACUCCAAGACGAAUUUCCUGCUGCCUCUUCCAUGGUGCUCAAUUUUGGAGAGCAAGAAAACCAAAGUCAAAUGGCUAAAGUGUUGUCUGAAUAUGAUAUAACUGUCAUGGAACUCCCUCAAAAUUAUGGAGGUUGCCCCAUACCGAGAGUGGAGAUUAUCCACUACUUCUUGAGAUCUGCCGAUGAAUGGAAGAAGCAGGAUGGGGAGCAGAAAACACUCGACAUGAUUUACAAGAAAGCACCACAUGAACUCUUGCUGCUGACAUCGACACUGAAUCCGUUGCCUUCCCAGCUGAGAUACCUCCACUAUGUUUCCACAUGGAAAGCUGGUUCGGAUUGGCCUCCACCAGCUAAAGCACUUGUGAUAAAAAGUGUUAAACUAAGUUCAGUUCCUCAAUUGGAUGCUGAAGGGGGAUGGCGUCCUAUUGUUAAGAUAAUAGGACGGGACACCUCUAUGGUUGCUGAUCAAACUGCCAAAGUUCUGUACUCAACACCAAGAAGGAAUGGAUACAUGAGGCAUUACAAACAGGAAGAUGGCAACACGGUUACAUUGGACGUCCAUUGUAAUGUUCAAGGCGAUAUUGUGCUCGAGUAUAUGAGUUUGGAUGCUGAUCUUCAACAUGGAGAAUCAAUGUUUCGUGCAAUGUUUAAUACUGCCUUCAUAUCGGAUAGUGUUCUGAAGCUUGAGUUGGAGGGUAUGGAUGUCCUGUGGGAUCACCAGGAUCAAUAUCCUAAGGAAUUUAUGGCAGAGAUUGUUUUCUCGCAAGUGAAUGCUGCUACUUCGCUCGCAAUGGUUGAUUUUGCCAGUGAUGAGGAGGAAAAGCAGAACCGAAUACAGAAAAGCAUGAAAAAGAUUCCACCUGAGGCGCUGCCUCCUAAAGGGCGAGCUGUCCACUCUAUAACACUAUCUUAUGAUGCCAAUACAAGUGCUGACGGGAAUGAAGUUCCAGAACUGCCAGUACAGUCCAAUAUUAAGUCCACGCCGACUUUGCCACCAAUGCCACCUUCGCUGUCAGAAAGUUUGGUUCAUUCAGCUCUUGAGGGAAUUUUUGGAAGUAAUGAAUCAGCCACAAAAUCACUGUACACUUCACCAAGUUUCGAGUUGGAUCAAAAAUAUGGCACAACUCUGGAAGGGAAUGGUCAGUCAUUCUCACCGUCCGAUCUCACAGGUGAUAGCACAGAAUCUGUGUGGGGGGAAGAAAUAGCAGCUGUGACAGAAACAAACGUUGGGGUGACUUCUGUCAGUGACUCAGCAUCUUUGUCGGCUGUCAAUAGUGGCAGUGUGGAAGCUACUGCUUCAGGUGUCUCCUGCUCAAGGCAAUUCCCUGAUAUGAUGCUGCCAAAACAGGAAAAACUAUACCAGCAGAAUGGCUCACCGUCAUCAGCCUCCAUGUCUUCUGGAUAUGACUAUGAUGUCUUCCUGAGUUUCAGAGGGCCAGAUACUCGCUCAGGCAUUACAGAUUUCCUCCAUACCAGCUUGUUAGCUGCUGGAAUUCACACAUUUAAAGAUGAUGAAGAGCUCCGAGUUGGAGAGGAGUUUGGUCCUGAGUUGCUCAAAGCUAUCGGCCAAUCAAAAGUUGCAAUUCCCAUCCUUUCUAAGGACUAUGCCUCUAGUAAAUGGUGUCUUAAUGAGUUGGUCCAAAUGAUGGAGUGUAGUAUAACCCGGAGACAGAAGGUUAUGCCCCUUUUUUAUGACGUUAGUCCGGCGGAGGUCCGUCAUCAAAUUGGGUCUUAUGAAGUAGCCUUUCUUUCGCACAAGGAAAAAUUUGGUGCGAACAUCAGUAAAUGGAAAGCUGCUCUCAACCACAUUGCCAAUCUAAACGGAUGGGACAAUUCGAAGAAGAAUAGAGGUGAAGGAGAACUGGUAGACGAGAUAGUCCAGGAGGUUAUAAAAGAGUUGAAAACAGCUUAUCUACUGGUGACAGAUUGCUUGGUAGGAGUUGAAAAUCAUGUGAAGGAAAUCGACACCAUGAUGUGUGGCGAUUCGGAGGAAAUAAGAAUUCUCGGAAUCCAUGGUAUGGGGGGUGUAGGAAAGACUACUCUUGCCAAAAUCAUCUUCAACCGGCUGUCGCAUCAUUUUGAAGCUUGUUGCUUCCUUUCUAACAUCAGGGGAACUGCAGAGCUAAAGGGCAUCGAAGGUUUGCAGAAUCAACUAAUCUCUAAUGUUCUCAAAAAGCAGUGGUCAAACAUUAGCAAUGUUGAGGAAGGAAAUAAGAUAAUAAAAGAAAGGUUAUGUGGUAAAAAGGUUCUGGUGCUGCUUGAUGAUGUUGAUCAAAUGAUUCAUUGGGAUGCACUAAUAGGAAAACCUGCAUGGUUUGGUUUAGGAAGUAGGAUUAUCAUAACUAGUAGAAAUAGGGACAUUAUUGAUGUUCCUAAGGUUUGUCAUCCAUAUGAGCUCAUGAGCCUGAACUUCAAUCAAUCUCUUCAACUUUUUUGCAAACAUGCUUUUGGAAGAGAUUACCCUUCGGACGACUAUGUUGCUUUCUCCACAGAAGUGGUCAAAAGUACCGGAGGUCUUCCUCUUGCUCUUGAGGCUAUAGGUAAACUACUUCCGUGCCGAAGCAAAGAUGUUUGGGAGGUGAUGUUGAAGAAGUUGAAACAAGUUCCUCUCAAUGAAGUAAAACGGAAGUUGAAAAUAAGUUAUGAUGCAUUGGAUGAUUGGCAAAAGCAUAUCUUUCUUGAUAUAGCCUGCCUUUUCACUGGAUUUGAUCAUAGGAUAGUGCUCCACUCUUGGAAAGAUUCCAAUCUCUAUCCAGAGGAAGGUCUUGAGGUCCUUCAGAAAAUGUCUUUAAUAAAAAUCGGUGAGGACAAUAAGCUAUGGAUGCAUGAUCAGUUAAGAGGCCUUGGUAGAGACAUUAUUCGUCGAGAGUGUGAUAAGGAACGGAAAAAGAAGACACAAUUGUGGAACCAUGCGGAAGGUUUGGGCACGGUGAUGGAAACGAAGGGAACAAAAAAAAGUGAAGCUCUUUGCCGAAAAUUUGACCCUCGGUUGCUCUGCUGUUUUGCGAACGAAGAAGUUGGGAGGCUAUCAUAUCUAAGAUGCCGUGAAGUGAGGGUUUUUCAGGAUAACAGGCCUUCGAAUGACAGAUCACAUGGAAAUUCGACAUGUUUGAUGAUGAGUAGGAUAGGCAUUUGUGUUUGUCAGUUAGGUAGACAGUUUUUUUUGCCGUCCCUUCAAUAGUGACAAUAAACAGACAUAGAAUGUACACAUUAUAUCUAAACAAGAGUUUCAUUAGAUCAUCCUCUCGUCGUGAAAUAAUUGGAGUUUUACCGAGUA